CCCGGAAGUUUUAGCCUCUGCUAAAAGCGUUGGACCGCGCGGAGCGGCCUCUUCCUGUCAGUGCCAGGGCGGCGCGUGGUACACGCGGGACGGUAUAGUCACCCCGGCUUUACGUUUAGGAUGACCGAGUGGGAGACAGCCACACCAGCUGUGGCAGAGACCCCUGACAUCAAGCUCUUUGGGAAGUGGAGCACCGACGAUGUGCAGAUCAAUGACAUCUCUCUGCAGGAUUACAUCGCAGUGAAGGAGAAGUAUGCCAAGUACCUGCCCCACAGUGCAGGGCGAUAUGCUGCCAAGCGCUUUCGCAAGGCACAGUGCCCCAUCGUGGAGCGCCUCACCAACUCCAUGAUGAUGCAUGGGCGCAACAACGGCAAGAAGCUCAUGACUGUACGCAUCGUCAAGCACGCCUUUGAGAUCAUCCACCUGCUCACGGGCGAGAACCCUCUGCAGGUCCUGGUGAAUGCCAUCAUCAACAGUGGUCCCCGGGAAGACUCCACACGCAUCGGGAGAGCUGGGACAGUGAGGCGGCAGGCUGUGGAUGUGUCCCCACUGCGGCGUGUGAAUCAGGCCAUCUGGCUGCUGUGUACAGGCGCCCGUGAAGCUGCUUUCCGAAACAUCAAGACCAUCGCCGAGUGCCUGGCAGAUGAACUCAUCAAUGCUGCCAAGGGAUCCUCCAACUCCUAUGCCAUCAAGAAGAAGGAUGAGCUGGAGCGUGUGGCCAAGUCCAACCGCUGAUCCCACUGCUGCCCAAUAAACCUGCCAGCCUCGGGUGGCCAUCACCUGUG